AUGACUCUCUUCACUGGCUUGGGGUACCUGAUCGGCAUUCCGCUAUCGACGGCAGUUGGACGACGACCUAUUGUUAUUAGCGCCGCUGUGUUGACAACUCUUUCGACUCUCUGGGCUGGCUACACUAGAUCAUUCUGCCAAUUGAUUGCCGCCCUCAGCUUACAAGGCCUCGCAGCUAGAUCAGCGACCGGGAUGCGAUGUGUAUACAAAGUCUGGGUUGCACCUUGCAUCCUUGCCUUCCUUUUAAUUCUCUUCUGUGUCCCCGAGACAUACUUCCUCCGACCUCCCGUCACACUCGAUAGUCGAGUCCUGGUUCAGAGCAGCUCUAAGAAGGUUGAGGUCUAUAGAGGUUGGGAUAAGAUCAAGCUUAUCAGAAACGACAAGCCUCUCCCUGAUUUACCUUCUUCUUGGUCAAUAUGGUCUCACUUAAAGGUCUCUCUACUUACCGGCAUCAUCCUUAGUGGUAUCAUCUUCCUCAACCUUACCCAGCCAUCUGCGCUGAUCCACACGUUCGGCGAUGACCAAAUAAGAUGCAUUAAUGCCUUGCUUGGUGUCGCGGGUAUCAUUAGCUCUCUACUCGCAUUCCCCCUCACAGGACCAUUCGCUUCCUGGUUCACGCGAUGCUAUACUUUUCGCAAAGGCGGUAUCCGCCAUGCCGAAGUCUACCUGGCUCUGUUUUCCAUCCCUGUCAUUACCGGUCUCACAAGCGUCCUUCUCAAUGGUCUCGCCCUUGUCAACAAGUGGCCUUCAGUCUAG